AUGGAAUAUCUCAGUAGGAAUCUUCAUGGAUUAAAGGAGGACAAAGAGUUCAGAUACCAUCCAAAAUGUGCCAAACUUGGUAUUACACACCUAAGUUUUGCUGAUGACCUACUGUUAUUCGCAAGAGGAGACUUAUCAUCAGUAAAGGCUAUGCACAGAUGCUUCAAACACUUUGCUCAAGCUUCAGGACUGCAAGCAAAUAUGGGAAAGAGUUCAGUGUAUUUUGGAGGGGUACCAAGAGAUGAAAGAGAUAAAAUCUUACUGCAUCUAGGGUAUGGACAAGGGGAAAUGCCUUUCAAAUAUCUAGGCAUUCCCCUGUCAACAAAAAAGAUAUCAAUGAUCCAAUGGCAGCCACUCAUUCAGAAAAUAGUAGCAAGAAUAUCCUCAUGGACAGCUAAGAAACUAUCAUAUGCAGGAAGAAUACAACUAAUUCAAAGUGACAUUUUUGGAGUACAAGCAUACUGGGCUCAUAUUCUACCCUUACCAGUCAAGGAUGUGGAAGCAAAACAAGAUAGGUUGUGGAUUAAAUGGAUCCAUUCUUAUUAUAUCAAAGGGAAACAAUUCAUGCAAAUGCCAGCUCCCAAGCAAGCCUGUUGGAUGCUCAGACAAAUCUUCAAUGCUAGAGCUGAUUACAAUCUGGUGCAGAGGAAUAAACAGGUCACUAUUACUACUCGACAUAUAUACUUUCAGCUGUUGGGACAACAAACUCGAGUGCCGUGGAAAUGUCUAAUAUUUCAGAACUGUGCAAGGUCAAAAGCACAGUAUACUAUGUGGAUGCUAUUACAUGGAAGACUCCCAACCACAGAUAGAUUGAUCAAAUGGGGAUUGACAGUGGAUACACAAUGUUCUUUAUGUCACAAACAUGAGGAGAAUAGAGAUCAUUUGUUUGUCACGUGUGAUUUUGCUAGAAACAUAUGGAUGAAGCUUAUGCAAUGGAUGCAGCAUGAUUAUACAAGGAAGCAGAACUGGGAGCAGCAUAUGGGCUGGAGUAUACAGCAUGCUAAAGGCAAGACCACAAAAGCAAGAAUAUUCAGACUGGUAUAUGCAGAAAUAGUUCAUGCUAUUUGGAUUGAGAGAAAUUUGAGAAUCUUUGAAAAAAGGGCACGUGAUUGGAAUAGUAUUGCUCGAGAGAUAGCGUACACAUGUACUGUUAGAGCUACUACUAGUAUUCAAAAUGUAGUUCAUAGUUAUAUUUUCUUAUGA